AUGUCUUAGUUAUCCCAAAUCAGUAUAAUAGUGGUCUUUGUUAUCUUUCUAUCAGUACUCUCUCCUUGUGAAAAGUGUGGGUGUGCUAGGUUCUGAAUUGCUUUCAUUUGAAAUUAAAUCACUUAAAAGGUUAUUAAACAGAAACAAAAAAUCAGCAUAUAUUUUGUUCCUGUCCUUUAUAUUUUCAAAUUGCUAUUUAAUUUUCAAAUGACAUACAGCUAAAAGUACAUAAUAGGUGCUGAGAUUUCUAAAUAUGAUCAUGAGUUUUAUUUGUGAGUCGUCCUUAUUUGGAAUCACUGUUUGAAUGCAGAAAGCUUUAUACAUGUUCACAGGAUAAAGUUUUUCCUAUUCUAAAUUCACAGCUGUUUUUAUUUGGAUGUAUUCGAUUCUUUUUUCAGUGUAUUUCUUGGGAUUUUAGAUAGUCGAAAUGAAAUAUUCUCACUCUUUCAGGACUCAAGAUGAGAAUACAAUUUUCGAUCAGAAUAAAGAUGACCUUUGCCUUAGUCUGGGAAAUGAUUGGUUAAACUGUGAUCUGUUACACUAGUUUUACUGGUAGUUUUUUUUUUUUUUAAUUAGUCUUUAGCUGCUUGGACAGUUAAUCCGAGACUGACUUUUCUAUCCAUCCUUGUACGUUUUACUGGAACAUCAGAGGUUAGGUUCUUGGACUUGAGGUGUUAGGAGGGAGAAUGCCUCUUUCCCCACCCUGUGGCUGAAUUUGAUUUUGGGAAAUCACAAGUGUUUUGAGCCAAUUUUGAUGACUGGGAUGACUGAGUAAAUUAAUACUCUUUUGGGUUUGAGGGAAAAAAAAAAAAGGUAGGCUAUUAUGUAAUAAGACUAAUUUUUAUUGUGCUUAAAAGUGAUUUUGAAGACAUUUCCAAGAAGAAUUUAGAAUUAUUUUUGAAUAGACACAGCAUCUUGCUGUAAAUCAGGGGUCAGCAAAAUUUUCCUAUAAAGGGCAGGUAGUAAACUUUUAGAUUUUAUGGACUACACAUGGUCUCUGUCACAUAUUCUUCUUUAUUUUAUUACAAUACUUAAAAAAAAAAUAUUCUUACCUUAUACGCCUAAUUGUUGGACUGAAUUUGGCCCUUGGGCCAUAGUUUGCUGAACCUUCUGGUAUAAAAGUAUAAUAGCUUCGUUGGGUAAUUCUAAUUUGAAUCUUUUUAUUCAAAUAUAUUUAUAAUUUCUGAUUAUUGCCACGAUUGCUUUUUAUGUUCAGGGGGUUUUUAUCGUUUUAAAGUGUUUAUAAAAUAGCUUGUCAGAGUUUAAAUUUUUUUGUUUCACAUGUAAACCACAUGUACUUCUCAAAAAAAUCCCACCCUCUCCCCAUCCUGUUCCUUUCCUCGGAGGUGACCGUUCCAGACAACUGUCAGUAUGUGCAGCUUAGUCCCCAGCAUUGGCUUUUGUUUGCUUUACGUGAAGAACCAAGGUGUUCAGCCACCAGUGUGUUGGUUGCUGCUUUACAGAGAGAUGUGGCGUGAAUGGAAACCAUGGUGGCGUAGGGGUUAAGAGCUACGGCUGCUAACCAAAAGGUUGGCAGUUCAAAUCCACCAGGCGCUCCAUGGAAACCCUAUGGGGCAGUUCUACUCUUUUAGGGUCCUUUUAGGGUCGUUAUGAGUCAGAAUCAACUUGAUGGCAGUGGGUUUUGGUGGCAUGAGAGCAGUCAGGAUUACUGUGCCCUGUCUUGGAAAGUACUGAACAAUAUUAGACUCAGACUGUUAGAGCUGUCAUCCAAAAAUAACCCAAGCACUUUUAACAUCGUUUAGAAUCUCAGGCAAGAGUGGUUUGAAAAGUAAAACCAAAGGUUUCUAUUUUAAUCCCAAUAUUAUUGAGCUCUUCUUCAGGCCAUACCUCCAAGGUGCUGCAGAGCCUGGAGGGCAAGUAUCUUGUUCCUCCUGGUGAGAACAAUUAGAUAACGAUAAACCAUACAAAAGGAGUAGGGGCUUACCAAGGACCAGGGCCCAGCUGCACCUAUCUGUCCCUUCCAGCUUCCUGGAACCAGCAUGGGGCACCAAACUGAGAAGGGGAGAUAUUUCCUGGUGUUGUAUUUGGCAUUUUGACUUAGCUUUCCUCAUUGAAAAGGAGCCCUGGUGGCACAGUGGUUAAAAGUGCUCGGCUGAACCCAAAGGUUGGUAGUUUGAACCCACCAGCUGCUCUGAGGGAGGAAGAUGUGGCACUCCGCGUGCAUAAAGAUUUACAGCCUUGGAAGCUCUAUGGGGCAGUUCUAUUCUGACCUGUAGGGUCGUUAUAAGUCGUAAUCGACUUGUUGGCAGUGGGUUUUGGUUUCCCCGUUGAACUGGGAGUCGGGGUAGUAGAAAUACUACCAUGUUUUUUGUACUUUUUCAGGCUUGUCAGGAAAUUAGAUGCAGUUGAUCGGUUUUAGAAUCAGUGGAUCUACUCUUGAGUUUCAAACAGCUGACUUAUAAGUGAAUUCUAAAAUGUGAUUGCCAAGUGUAGGCCUGCAGGCUUAACAUUUUGCCUUUUCACAGAACAGUAUUUGUUGUUUGUAGAAUUCUUUCUUUAGAAUUAAUUUAUCUCCAGGAGAUUUAGCUAUAGGCCAGUAGGAUUCUCUCUUCUGGGAAUAUUCCCCAAUUUAGAUGAAGUGGCUAGGCAUUUGAGUUUUUUCCUGUUGGUCUUUUUCGGGUUUUAUCAGCAAGGCCCUGAGAUGCUCCUUAAUGCUCGUUCCUGGGGAAAGAAGUCUGUGGCCUGACAUUGCUGAACUUGAUUGGCUAGUCAGAGCCCUCUGCUUGGACGCUAAGCCCUGGGGUGAAGUGAGAACCAAAAACCCAUUGCUGUCCAGUUGAUUCUGACUCAUAGCGACCCUAUAGGACAGAGUGGAACUACCCCAUAAGGUUUCUAAGGAGCAGUGGGUGGAUUUGAACUGCCAACCUUGUGGUUUGCAGCCAAGCUCUUAACCGCUGUGCCACCAGGGCUCCGAGGUGAGGUGAGGAGUGCCCAUAAUUCAGGAAUGUUCAAAUGCUGAACCAUUUUAAAGCUAGGGCAGGUGCUGAUUCCCUGGUUUCAUCCCUAAAGGUGAUGAUGCAUUCUUCUACUGCUCCCUAGAUGAUUCUUACAGCCGGGUUUGGGAUAUGCUCACUGGUGGACAGAUACUGAUGCCUAUGCCCAGGAACUGUGGCUGCUGCCUGUGUGGUGCCAUCCUGCUCUGGGGCAGGCAGGGUGUACAGAAGUCCUGUCCUGUUUGUACUCGUCGGUGACGUUGAGCCUUACCCUGGGUGAUAACAGUCUUCUUGUUAGAGAAAUGUGUUGGGACUAUGGUGUUUCACUAGUUAACUAGUGCCUGCAACACUAUUCUAAGUAUAUCAGCCUGGGAAGUGAAUUGUGGGACAUGGAGUUAGAAGAUCUGGAUUUAGAAGAUGACUCUGCCUUUUCCGGCCUGUGUAGCCUUGAGCAAAUCUUCUAACACCUCUGAGCCUUAAUUUGCCCUUCUUUAAAUUGGGAAUUACCAGCUAUCUUCCAGAGUUGUUGUAAAGAUCAGGAAGUAAUGAGUACAUGUGAAAUACUGUAUCCUAAUUGGUUGUCAUCUUCAUAGUUUGUUGUUAUUAUUUCCAGAAUGGCUUGAAAAAUGGUAUUAGACCUUCUCUGAAGUGAAGAGCACAAUUAUGUACAAAGCUACCAUCAGAGCCAGGUGUGCAGCCAGUUAUUCUUCUAACUGGAAACCUUUUGGGUUGCCAAUUCCAGGACAUUUGCCCCACUCAGUUCUUCCCUGGUUCCUGAGGUGGGCACCUUCUCUUUCCCUAUGUUUUAUCUUUUCUCUUGGAUGUUGUAAGGCAGCAACAGUCUCUGUGGAAGGAGCAAACCUGGAAUGUUUGAAGAACAAUGGAGAAUCUCCUGUGACUGGAACACAGUAAGUGGAACAGAGAGUAGUAGGUGGUGAGUUCAGAAAGGUAAAGAGAAGGGCACUUUGGCUUUUAGUGUUAGGGUGGCCAGAGAAGAGGCAUAGUGAGGUCAGCCUUUGAAGGGAAUGUGAAAGAAGGACUGGAUCUAUUGAGAGGCCACCUUUUCCUUUGCUUUCCUCACACCUUGACAGCUGCAGGGCACAGGCUCCACAGUGAGUCUUCAGUGUUGGGAGGGCUUUGUCCUCUGGCAGGUGCACUGCAUAGACAUCCAGGGCCCAGGACAACUACAAGGCUUCCAGGAGUUGUAUGUAUGUCUUUAAGGAAAAUAGAUCUUAUAUCUUCUAGCAUUUUUAGUAGCUAUAAAUAGACAAGCAGAUAUUAAAUCAAGUCUUUAUAUAAUUGAAUCUUGGCUUUCAGUUUGAUGCAUUGACAAAUUUAUUUUGUAUACUGCAUGAUUACCCAUGAAUCUCUGUGAAAUAAUUUGUUUCUGAACACUGACCAACUCUUAAAUACCUUGUUUCAGGUGUGUUAACAUUUAUUUUGGAUAGAUAUAUGCCAGAAAUACUGUAGACCAACAGUAAUGGAAAAUAUUAGAAGCUGGUUUCAAAAUGUGAUUUUCAUUACUCUUAAUGGAAUUAAAUCUCCAUACUGUUCUUUCUCCCCCACUCCCCGAGGUGAAAUUCAGUGUCACUUCUUUCUUGUUUGACUAGUAGAUCUUCUAUAACAGAUUAUGGAAUAAAUAUUUCUUAACUAUAGGUACCAAAUGAGAAUCCAAAUUGCUAUUAUUAAUCAGGAACUGAAGUUCGCAUUACAGUAAGCUUGUAUGAAUCCUGGUUUCAGACCGUUGCUAAUUUCUAGUCACUCUUUUUAACUUUGCUUUUAUUAAUGUGAAUCUGCUGUUAACUGUCUUCAGAUUUUGGGCUUUAAAGAAUCCAUAAUUAAUCAGACAGUUGGAAUUUGGGUGAUUGUGUAGAUUUGCAUCAUGAACAACAAACACGUUUUAGUGUCUGCCCAGCCUGUUCUGGGUCUGCGUGGGUGGAAGCAUUGCUGCUGUAGAAGGGCUAAACCCUUUGACCUUGAUUUGUCGAGACAUGCUUGUGCAACCAGCUCAAUAUUUUGAAGCUUGCUGAUUCAAAGGAGAAAACUAAGGAAUUAAGAAAAUGUCCUGCUCUUCCAGUACAGACUUUUUUUCAGAGUAGCCAAAUACCCAUAAUGGGUAAGAGAAAGCAUUUCAGCAUUCUUAAAUAAUACAGUUAGAAAAAUUGCCAUUUUGCCAGCCAGAAUUAAUUAACUGACUUCAGACAGUGGUCAAGAAUGGAAGGUAAAUCCAUUUGGUGAAAGAUUGCUGGGAAACUUACCAAGUGUGGGAUCAGGGUUCACCACCCAAAUCUAUUGAUCAGCCUCCCUAUGUCACUGAAAAGGACACAAAGAAUUAUGUCCCCUGAUGUGAUGCCAUAGGAACUGAGUGACACCUCUAUCAUAUAUUCAUGUACUUCUCCCUUCUCUUCCCCCUGACCCCCCCCAAAAAAAAAAGCCUGAAAUAAUCUAAUCAACCCUCUAAAACUUAUUUCAGUCUGCAGGAAAUAGUAUACUGGAACAAGUUAGACAACAUCACCAGGAAGCAAUCAGACAAAUCCAAAAUGUGCUCUGUUCUUCAGGCAAUUGAUCUCAUUUGUUCAACAAGUCAGUAGCAUGAAAGUUACUGCUCUAGAUUAAAAGAGAGUUAAGAGAUAUAACAGACAAAUAUAAUAAGUGGGCCUUUUGGGGGUUGAGAUGCAAACGAAAUGUAAAAAGAUAUUUUUAAAGACAAUUUGGGAAGUUUGAACACAUAUCAGGAUCUUGGUUGAGAUUAAGGAAUAUGAAUUUAUAUACCAAUACUAGUUAAUAAUUAGGCCUGAUAAUGUCUGUUACUCUAUAAGAAUGUGUCUUUUUAAAUCCAUACUAAAGUAUUGAAGGAUAAAGUAAAAUGAUUGGAAUUUGCUUCAAAACACUCAGCAAAAAAAGGUUGGGGGGUUGGAUAGAUGAAGAAAGAAAGGCAAAGUGUUAACAUUAUUGAAGCUGUUAGAUGAAUAUACAGGAGUUCAUUGUACUCUGCUUUUGUGCAUGUUUGGAAAUUUUCCAAGUUUAAAAAAGAGAAACUUAUGAAUUUGUGAUGUUGUUGUUGGUUAUGUCUAGUUGGUUCCAACUCAUAACGACGCCAUGUGUGCAGAGUAGAACUGCUCCAUAGGGUUUUCAAGACUGUGGCCUUUCGGAAGCAGAUCACCAGGCCUGUCUUCUCAGAUGCCUCUGUGUGGGGUCAAACUGCCAACCUUCAUUUAAUAGUCGAGUGCUUAACUGGUUGUGCUACCCGGGGACUCCUAAAUUCAUGAUAGGAGUAAUGUGUCAUAGUUUCCAAUAAAUGAUUCAAUUUCAUGAAAGGAUUUGUGCAUGUGAAGAUGGUCUCCUAAGCAAGGUUUUAUUGGGUAGUUAGAAAGUCCAAGGUGUAGGGAUGAAGAAAAAAAGCAGGUUGUCUUCAGAAAAAGGAAGAGAAUUAAGUGAAUCAAGGGAGAAAAUGAGAACAACUUCUGAAGGCAGAAACCCAAUGGCAGGAGGGAGUCAGUCAAGGAGGGAAUGAUUUUGGUGCUUGAAUGGCAAUGUUGCUUUCUUCUAGGUGGAUAUGAUUUAACAUUUCAGCUGCUAAAAGGCUUGAGUGAACAUAAGGGAAAAAUUAGAUUUGAUGGCCAGUUAGAAGGAAGCAAAGACAUAGAAGACUUCAUGCAAUGUAAUUUUAGAUAGAACUAGUUUUUCUGAAUUAUUUUUUAUUCUAAAUGUUUAUGGUUGCUGAUUAGCUUGUGAGGAGACUUCACAGGAUAGGGUAAUAGCCUUUUCAGGCAGCUUCUCUCAUCUUUAAAGUCAGGAACCUGAGGGUGUGCAAAAAGGCAUUUGCCUCCUACAGUCCUCUGGGACCAGCGCAUGUGAGAGUUUUGUGUCUUGUACCUGUCAGCUGCCUUACGUGUGGAGGAGAGGCUAUUUUUCAGAGUUCAUCCCUCUGUGAGACCCAUAUUUCUGACAGCCUAGCAAAUGCUGAGAAUGUCCAGAGUCAGGAAAGUAGAAAUAACCUGAUGUGGGAGAACCGCAGUGAGCCUUUGCUCACCCCCAGGCCCUUCCUGAGACCAAACUAAGGCCUGCAGGAGGCCGCAGGCACCUGGCCAGUUUUUUUUCUUCACCCGCCACUCACUCUCUUCCCUAAGAUACAGAAGAGCUGGCUACAAGGGAGGCAAAGAUGAAUGAGGACAAUCAAAAGUACUUCAGGUCUGGUGGGAGAGAAAGAUAAAUAAGUAGACAGUGACAUCACAGUGUGAUCAGUGUUUUCAUGAAAAUGGAAAAUAGCAUUAAGCCUGCCUGUUGAUUCACUUCAGUCACUCCUCAUCCCUCACCCCAGCUCACUGUGACAGGCCUCAGAACCACCUACCUAACCUAGAACAAUAUUGAAGUGGGGGCAGGAGAAGGGCAGAGAGCCUUGUAGGUCCUGGCAAGAGAUUAGAUUUUGUACAGAAUAAGAUGAGAAGCUGUUACGGGGAUUUUGAGCAAGAAAGUAACAUGAUUUGAUUUUUUUUUUUAAUCAGUGUUGAUUACAAGUAACAGAAUCCAAACUCAAAAUAGCUUAAACAACAGCAACAAUAAAAGUAAAAAAAAAAAAAGUUAUCACUAAUAUAGUAACAUGCCAUGCCCUGUUCUGAGAGUCUAUAUAUAUUAACUAUAUAUUGAAUUACUGUUCUUAUCCCCAUUUUAUCGCUUAGGAUCCUAAGGAAUGGAGAAGUUAAGCAACUUAACAAAAGCCCCAUGGCAGAUCCAGACUUCAGACCUAGGCAAUCUGACACUGGAGCACAAGCUGUUGACUGUAGCACUAUAGUGCCUCUCGGCGGAACAAUUUAUUGAUCUAUGAAACUGAAAAAAAUUAACUCUCUGGGCAUAGUUGAAUCCAGGGGCUCUUACAGUGCUGACCAGACUCAAUCUUCUCAGACUCGGUCUCUCCUCUCUCCUUUCAUUUCCAGGCUGACUGUCUCCAUGUCGGAGUCCCCAGCAUCUCAGCAGAAAGAGUACCUCUGCUUUCCUGAGGUGUUGGGACGAUGUUUCUUGACAGUGGUGCAAGUCCAUUUCCAGUUUUUGACCCAGGCAUUACAGAAGGUCCAGCCAGUGGCCCACUCUUGCUUUGCCGAAGUUGUUGUGCCAGAAAAAAAGAACAGUGGCAGUGGCUUACCUGGCAUGAGCCACACACCAGAACUGGAGGAAGCCGUGCGAUCCUGGCAGGGGGCUGCUGAGGCAACAUCAAGACUAAGAGAAAGAGGGUGUGAUGGCUGCCUCGCGGGAAUUGAAGUUCAACAGCUCUUCUGUUCUCAGAGUGCAGCAAUUCCUGAUCACCAGCUAAAAGAACUGAACAUCAAAAUUGAUAGUGCUUUGCAAGCAUAUAAAAUAGCUCUGGAAAGCUUAGGUCACUGUGAAUACGCAAUGAAAGCUGGCUUCCACUUGAAUCCAAAGGCGAUUGAAGCAAGUUUACAGGGCUGCUGCAGCGAAGUGGAAGCCCAGCAGACAGGGCGGAGGCAGACGCCCCCACAGCCCAUGCAGUGUGAGCUCCCCACCGUCCCUGUGCAGAUAGGAUCGCACUUCCUGAAGGGGGUCUCCUUUAACGAGUCGGCCGCCGACAACCUGAAACUUAAGACGCAUACGAUGUUACAGCUGAUCAAGGAAGCAGGCUGCUACAACGGAAUCACACCCAGGGACGAUUUUCCUGUGACGGACGUGCUGAACCAGGUUUGCCCAUCCACAUGGCGGGGUGCCUGCAAGACUGCUGUGCAGCUGCUAUUUGGCCAGGCUGGACUGGUAGUGGUUGACACGGCGCAGAUUGAAAAUAAAGAAGCCUAUGCUCCUCAGAUCAGUUUAGAAGGUUCCAGAAUCGUGGUUCAAGUCCCAUCCACGUGGUGCCUGAAAGAAGACCCUGCUACGAUGUCACUACUGCAGAGAAGCCUCGAUCCUGAGAAGACGCUGGGUCUGGUAGAUGUGCUCUACACAGCUGUGCUGGACCUAAACCGCUGGAGGGCAGGGAGGGAACAAGCUUUACCCUGUAUUCAGAUCCAGCUGCAAAGAGAGAUAUGUGACUUUGGGAAUCAUGCUGACCUGCCUUCUGGAAAUGGAAACAAAUCUUCAGGCCUCCAGAAGACAUUUGCCAAACUGACAUCCCGGUUCACCAAGAAAGCUUCGUGCACCAGCUCUAGCAGCAGCACAAAUUAUUCCAUCCCAAGUACCCCUUCCAAAAGCAUCUUCAUAGCUGGAUGUUCCGAAGAGAAGGCCAAAAUAUCCAGUAAUAUUGAUACAAGGUUACAAAGCAUCUUGAACAUUGGUAAUUUCCCUAGAACUACAGACGCUUCACCGUCAGCUCAGAAUUCUGGUCAUCAAAUGGCCAAUGGUUUUCUCAUGGAGAGGCCAGAGAACUUCCUGCAUGGUGAUGACGGAAAGGACGAGAAGGGUAUGAACUUACCAACCGAUCAGGAAAUGCAGGAGGUGAUAGAUUUUCUCUCGGGCUUUAACAUGAGCCAGUCCCACCAGGGUUCCCCACUGAUGACAAGGCAUAGUUCUGCUGCCACAGCCAUAGUGACUGAACAGAAGGCAGGAGCCGUGCAGCCACAGCAGCCCCCACUGCCAGUGCCCCCUCCACGCGCCCCCCCGGCUGGGACACAUACACCUCUGACACCCCAGCUGGGGCUGGCACCUCAGCAGCAGUCCCCAAAGCAACAACCCCAGGUCCAAUACUACCAACACCUGCUCCAACCCAUUGGCCCUCAGCAGCCCCCUCCCCAGCCACGGGUACCUGGAAAAUGGGUCCACGGCUCAUCCCAGCAGCCAGCACAGCCUGUCGGAGCAGGUCUGUCUCCUCUUGGCCAAUGGCCUGGCAUAUCUGAUCUCAGUUCUGACUUGUACAGCUUGGGUUUGGUGAGCAGCUAUAUGGAUAAUGUGAUGUCAGAGGUUUUGGGACAGAAACCACAGGGACCUAGAAAUAACACCUGGCCAAACCGUGACCAAAGUGAUGGAGUCUUCGGGAUGCUGGGAGAGAUUCUGCCUUUUGAUCCAGCAGUGGGCUCAGACCCAGAGUUUGCACGCUACGUGGCAGGAGUCAGCCAGGCAAUGCAGCAGAAGCGGCAAGCCCAACAUGGCCGCAGGUCAGGCAACCCCCGGGGCAACUGGCUGCCCAUGGAUGAUGCCCACCGGACCUGGCCUUUACCAGAGUUCUUCACGGAAGGGGACGGCCUAUCCAGUGGCUGGUCAGGCGCUCAGGGAGACUCAGCCAGCUCAAGCGAUGAGACAUCCUCCGCCAACGGAGACAGCUUAUUCUCCAUGUUUUCAGGGCCUGACCUUGUUGCUGCAGUCAAACAAAGAAGGAAACACAGCAGUGGAGAGCAGGAGACCAGCACGCUGCCCUCACCACCUCUUCUCACCACUGUGGAAGACAUGAACCAGGAUAACAAAACCAAAACGUGGCCGCCCAAAGCACCCUGGCAACACACUUCCCCACUGCCCAGCACACUGCCGAGUCCAAGCACACCUCUCUAUGCGGUGGCCAGCCCCAGCAGCCAGUGGAACGACACCAUGCAGAUGCUGCAGUCUCCGGUGUGGGCCGCGACCAGUGACUGCAGUGCCGCCUCCUUUACCUACGUGCAGACCCCGCCUCAGCCCCCACCCCCACCAGCACACAAGGCAGCACCCAAGGGCUUCAAGGCCUUCCCUGGGAAGGCUGAGCGCAGGCCAGCCUACUUGCCCCAGUACUGACCCAGUGCCAGCCUGCCCACCUUCUCAGAGCUGUUGGGACCACUGUUCCCGCCCCAGGGCUGACUAGCUGACACCAGCUCCCCAGAAGAAUACCAAUGUGCCCCUGUCCCAGCCAGGGAUGCUUGGGGACCCAGGUGGUUGGCAGCUCCAAGCCUUUAAAUCCUGGCUUCUCAAACUUUGGAGGUAUCAGACCCCUGGAGAGCCAGCUGAAGAUGGAGGUAUUGACCCUCCAGGGGAUGCUUGGGAAUCUGCGUGCAUAAUAAGCACCUCAGGUGAUUCUGAUGCAGGCGGGCCAGACUAUGCUUUGAGAAACAUAGCUUUAAAGUUUUUAGUCCCACUGUGUGUGCUGGGAAGGCAUCAGGCCUGAAAGCUGAGAGCAAAACUGACCAUUUUCCCAAAACUCCCUCCUUAACACAUUGAGUGAUAACCACAUCAGUCACUGUAUUUUAUGGCUAUUUUUCUCAUAGGUAUUUAGUUAAAACAUCUCCUGCCUAAAAUGCAUCGAAUAUUUUAAGACAGCAAAUGUUGUGGCUGGAGAUUUGUUCAACACUAUCUUUAUUUAAGCUUAGAUAAAAUGGGCAAGUUAUGAACUUUGUGUGGGCAGAAGCAAUCAGUGGGCUUUCUGUAGGAGGGCAGUCCCUCACCACCCUGGCAGCACCCAGGAGGUGCAGCCUUACCAGAUUUACAAAAGUGGGAUCGCAAAACAGAUGUCGGAGGCAUGUUCCCGGCAGUACGUGGAGAUGACCCAGCCAGCUGCUGUCCGUGUGCAGGAUAAACCAGCACCUCAGAUACUUCCACGCACGGCCAGAGGCGUCGUCACAGUCCUCAGAAGGUAGAGGUGUGGCUGGGGGCUGCACAGAGACACUUGGGAACUGGCUCAGAAGACAAACCAACUAAGCUGUAGCUAGGAAUUAAAGUCUUUUCCUUAAAAACAAACAAACAAAAAACCUCAUUUUCAGUUAACAUGUGCCAUUAAAUAGUUAACAUCCUGUGGAUUUAGGAAUAUUUUCCAACCGGAAUGGAUCCAGAAGAAUUGAAUGGUGCUUAAAUUGAGAAAAAAUAAGUAUAUCUAUAUAGAAUAGACAUAUCCCACUGUAUAUUAAUUGAGGUUACAGAAAGUUCUUUAUAUAAAACUUAUUUAAAUUUUUCAUACUUCAUCUUUGAAAAAGUCUGAGAAAAAUCCAUAAUAUUUUCUGGUAUGAAAGUUUGACAGUAUUAAUAUUUUUUUUAUAUUUUCUUAAAUCAUUAAGCCAUUUUAAUAUAUGUUAACUACUAAUAAAUGGUUUAUUCUUUCUAACUCCAUAUAAGCUUUUCCAGCAAAGAUUGUAAUAACACAUUUAUGUUCUCAUUUUUCUACAAAUAUAAUUAAAUUUAUAUUUUAAAAUACCAAAAAUAAAUAUAUAUAUGUAUGUGCACGCACACGCACACACACAUACACACACACACACAGAUUAUAGAGAACCCUUCGGGUGUCUGACCCCAGCCACCUGAGUUUUUAGUCCUGUGUUGCCAGGCUGUUUCCAAGCCUUGGGUGUUGUCUUGUGCUGUGUGGGGAUACCAUUGCUGCCUGUACUUAGGAUACCGUCACCAUAGGUUCCACACAUUCACCUCACCGUGUUUACAACGAACUGUUUUGUACAUAGGCUGGUUCAGGCACAUGCUCUGCACCAGCCCUGCAUAGCUCGUCUAGUAGCUGUCCUGGUGUGCACACUCCUCUCUGUGGAAGUUGUUUGUGGCCAUUUCAUUUGUUAAGAUAGUUUUCUAGUUCCUUCAGUAAUGUGUCCACAGCACCCUGUUUUUCAAGUUCUAUUAUACUGAAGUACUCUUGUUUUAAUAGUGCCUCCCGAAAGACCUCAUUCUGGAUAGAGGUCCUUGAUUCCCAACCCCGUCAUCACUUUCCAAUUUUUCUCUAUUAAGGAAGACAUUUUGUAAGUGCAUCUCCGUGGGCUGGGCGACCGUGUAAAGCUGUUUGUGUGGUCUCCAUGUAGGUGCUGUAUUCUCAGCACCACCUUGCUCUGAACACUGGUAAUUCCAGGUGCUGCGCUCGGCAGAGGGGUCUCGCCAAAGCGCAUGUGUAUGUUCGUGUGUGGGUGUGUGUCCUUUGCGUGGCCGCCUUGCUCGGACAUCAGCAGGACAUAGUGUGAAUAGUUGAACGCUUCCAAACUGGAACUCUGCAUUUUGUAUCUUACUUUUAAAGCUCCUAUAAGUAAAAUAACCAUUGGCUUUAUUAAAAAUAUACAUUUAAUAAUACCUUGUAUCUUUGUUUAAAAUGAAGUGCAGCUGACACCAUCUCAGAAGUCUCGCUUAAUUCAUUACUUUGAAAAGCCUGGUCCUGCAUUUGGGUGGGUUCUUACGUCAUCCUGUCCUCUGACUGAGACCUGCCAGGGGAAGACAAGAGUAUUAGGAUGAGCUGGGGGGUGGACAGGAAGCAGAACAACCCACCACACCUCUCCUGUUGACUUCAUUAAGGCCCCAGCUGGGUGCAGCCUCUGCACAGGUGGAACCAAUGUAGGGAUGAAGGAGCCUGUCUCCUGAAAGCGCUUUCCUUGGGUUGUGAUCUGCCACCACCCACGUCCACCAAACAUGGGCACUGUGAGCUGCCCACCCCGCCUCUCUGAGGAGCUGACCCAGGGUUGAACUUUUUCAUGAAUUUAGGAAAAAGGAGUAGUACGAGUGAGCAUUAGUGUAUAACUUACCAGUGUAAGUACCACUCAGGUUUCUUCUGCUGAGGUACCCGGAAGUUGAGCAUAGGGACCAUGUCCCAGAGCUUUCCAAGUGCACCUCAGGACAAAGCUGCUUAGUAACAGCCGUAUCACAUGAGUGUACUAAGGAAUAAACUGAAAGUUCAUAUUAAAAUUCUGGCAGGCAAAAUGCAUGUAUUUGUGUUCCUAUUUAAUUUAGCACCUAGUACUUUUCACUGACUUCUGAUUGUAGCAGUGAAGACUGGAGUCCCCUCGCCCCAGCUGGGUGACCCAUGGGCAGGAACAGAAGUAGAGAGAUGUUACAACUAAGCUCCAAGAGGGUCCUCAGUGGCCUCAGCCUGGGGACAGCCCAGCUGAGAGAUGGUGGAGGACACACAUGAGGUGAUGUCCUCAUGAGGCUUGUGACCCUCCUUUUCCCAUCUGGGGCCUCCUUGGAGAGCAUAGCUUCCAGCUCCAAGGGUGUAGCCAAAAUGCCACAUGCCAGCCAUGGGGCUGUGAAACAAUGGCUGUCUGUACACUGUUUGGCCACUCUUGGGACCUGCCUCCCAAUCUGGAGACAAAGAGGAAAGAAACCUUUCCAGUGCUCCUUGAUUGCCAAAGAAGCCAAGCGUGUGGACCACAGGUACUGGGAAGUCCAAGCAACUUCUGGGACAGGCCCCUGGAAGCAACACAGGGAGCUGGUCUUAAAAUCCACAGGGGUAGGCCCAGGCUUCUGGGUGUCUGUGACAGAACUGGAUGUGGCUUAAGUUGGGACUGAGUGGCAGAUGUGGGCCUAGGAGAGAGAGAUUGUAUCAGUUUUGUUGGUUUCAACAUUUAUUCAUUUCACCUAGUGGCCAGGCCCUUGCUAGGAGCCAGGGCUGCAAAGAUGUUACAGUCCCUGCCUUGAAACUCAGUCUUAAAAAAAGCACAAAAAUACAGAAUAUCAGUGUAAUAAUAGGUAGCAAGCUUUAACAUUUUUCCUCAACCCCCAACAUACCCUUCUUCACACUCAGCUGAGGUCCUGACGGUUUACUGCAUUGUCAGGUGAGUUGUAUGUCUCUGAGUCGAUUCUGACUCAGUGACCUUAUAGGACAAAGUAGAACUGCCCCAUAGGGUUUCCUAGGCAGUAAUCUUUAUGGGAACAGAUCACCAGGUCUUUUCUCCAGCAGAGCUGCUGGUGGGUUUGAACCUCUGAGCAGCCAAACCCUUAACCCCAGGGCUCCUCUGUGAGGUGAGAAGGGCAUCAAAUUCCCAGUCAAAUCCACUAGACCACCAGCAUCAGAAACCCUUACGCUCUGUAUCUGUCUCUUCUCCCCAGGGCCUUCAUUCCCGCAGUUCUGCCUCCCUCCUGAGUCAUCCAUUUCUGUGUCACCCCUGCUUAUUUUCAUCAUCCUGCAAAUAUGCCUCAGCCUUAAAUGUUUUUCUUGUUUUAUAUCUCCCGAGUCCAUCUCCUUCUUCAGCUACCACUCCCUUUUUAUGUUCCUCUCUGAAUCACGAGCCACAUGCAAUUUUUAAUUUUCUAGUUGCCACAUCAAAAAGUAAAAACCAGUGAAAUUAAUAGCAUUUAGCCCAAUCCAAAAUAUUUUUUAACAUGUAAUUGAUAUGGAAAAAGUUAAUGACAAAUUUUACAUUCUUUUAUUCAUACUGCUAUUAGUUGUCGUCAAGUAGAUUCCGACUCAUGGUGACCCCGGGUGUGAUUGAGAACUGCUCCAGAGGGUUUUCAAGGUUGUGACCUUUCAGAAGCAGAUAACCAGGCCUGUCUUCCUAGGUGCCUCUGUGUGGGUUCGAACUACCAACCUUGUGGCUAGUAGUACAGCACUUUUUUUAUACUGAGUCUCUGAAAUCGUCAUGUGCUUACAGCACGUCUUGAUUCAGAUUAGCCACAUUGCAAGUGCUUAGUAACCACACGUGGCUACGGAAUUGCACAGAACAGAUCCAGAUCCUUUGUGCUCACAGGCUCCAUUUCCUCCCCCUACCUUUAUGUCCUCUCCCCGUUCCAGUCAACCUUUAGUCAAGGUCACCAACAAUAUCCAUUUUGCCAAAUCCAAAGGAUGCCUGACCUUCUGGCAGCCUUUGAGAUGGCCAGGCACUUCCUCCUCACCUAGGUUCUGUGAAGCCUCACCCCUCUGCUCUCAUUUUGGGAAUGACCUGAGGUUAGCCCCUCUAUCUGUAGUCACUUACUGAUCUCAUGUAGUCUGAGAGUCAAAUAAACCCAGUAACCAGGCUCUAGACUCCUGGCUAUUUUGUCUCAGCAUCCCUACCAAGUUCUCUCACAUCCAAGCCCUUGGAUUCCCCAACCCUCCACACACCCACAACGCACCAUCCACCCAAUUGUUUAGGCAAAAAUCUUAGAACAUACUCUGUUCCUCUUCGCUCCCCUCAUUCAAUUACUCAGCAAGGCCAACGUAGUAGCCCCGUGAACACUCAAAUUCCACCAUGUUCUUACAUCUCCACUGCCUUCACCCCGGCUCCUGCCUGGCCUCCUCUCCAGCUUCAGGGUUCCCCGUGCUCGCCAGCUCCCUCCACUAGCCUGCCCUGUGCCCUCCGGGCCUCCUGCCUGGUGCUCUGAAGGCUGCUCCCUGCUCGGGCCUCUCCACCAGUUCUCCCGGCCUGAGCCCCAUCCUCCACCUGGCUUUUUCAUUAUAGCACGGAGCACAUCUCGGAAGGUUCUGUGUGCUUGUGUUUGUCUUUCCCACUAGAACGAAUGUCCCAUGAGAGCCCAGGAUGCAGGACAGCACCCGGCGCCGCUGAGCCUGGUUCGCUAGGAACCGCAAGGCGCGAUACGAGCGGACGUUGCUGGAGCGAAAGGCAGACUGUUAAUACCGAGCAAAACUCAAAAUCGACUUUCACAUUGGACUAAAAAAUGAGCAGAGCGGUACGAAGCUGCGAAGAGCGAUUAGCAUUAGCAGCUGCAGUCAGGGGUAUGCGGUUCUGCUCUCGUGCAAACCCGCGCGUAUGUGUGAGGAUAAAAAAUUUUAAAGACCUGGCAACGGACGAACGGGGAAAGUCUGGGAGCGACAAGACUCGCUGAAAGUACCGCUGCGGAGAAGACCCGGAAGAGGUACGACUUCAGUCACCUACUCCUCUUUGCGCACGCGCACGUCUGCUCAGCCCGGAACAUGCGCAAUGCGCACACUAAGGCCGUCCCAAACCUGGGAGGCACAGACGUUAGCUUGUUUCCUUCUCCCGACCCGGCGAGGGGACAUGCGCAUACCCGCGCGCCUGGCUCCGAUCGGACGUGCGGGCCCGCACGCACAUGCAUACUCGUGCGCACGCGCACACUGCCGCCCCAUCAUUACCUGCGCGUGAUUCCUCCUUCCUCGCACGUAGGCAAGUCUGCGCCGCUGUCUCAGGAGAGUGCCGGAAGGCGGCGCUGUCGGCCGGUCCUCGCGGGUUACCGUGACUCAGCGUCCCCGGUAGACGCUCGGCCCCGGAAAAUCUGAUCGGUGUGGGUGUGCCGCUUCCGGAACCCGAGCGCCGCCUGGCUCCUUAACUCCGGCCCCAGAACUGCAGCCCUGUAACCGCCCCACCUCCACGUUCACGCCAGUUAACGGCAGUCGGCCGCUGGCCUCUGGAUCCUGCCUGACCCUUGUCUAGCCGCCCAGAUUAAGGCCUGAUGUAUUUAAGUGCCUGUGGCUCAGCUUCCGCAUCUGUUAAAUGGGCCUCUCGGAACUGUGCCCACCUCAGGCUACAACUAGGCACUGAACCUCAAGUCUGUGCUUUCGGAAAGACACGUUAACACUACGGAGAGCCGAGAGUUUCACCUGCUGCUUCCAGGGUUCCAGGAAAGGAUCCUGUUCGUCUGGCUUGGGUCAUAUGCUUAUCCCUGGUGCAGAACUGGAGGGAAAAGGAACAUGAGAUUGGGAGCCCCUGGAACACUACCUGUAACACGGAAGGUGCUCAAGACAAUUUGUGGAAAGAACGAAACAAGCAGACCAGGGAAUGGGAAACUAGGCCUCUGCCUUCUAGCCACUUUGGGGCAGGGGCGGACGGAGUGGUAGCGCAAGCGGCAGUCCAGUUGCAGGGCAAGGCAAGCUGAGCCCAGAUCCAUG